CACAACAAUCCUAAUGCAACAUGAUUCAUUUAAGUCUGCAGAGACGCCUCUGAUGGCCCGACUUGUGAUCUCCAUCUGUAGUGAGUGUCGCAAUAUCAACUCGCAUUUUACAAUUAUACACUAUUUAUCCUCUGCCCUGCAUAAUCAAUAUGACUGCCACCUUAAACGUAGCACACCUCCCGGAGACGUCACUAUGGGCAAACCGAAAAUGUCUGUUAAUGUGCAGCAUCGUGGCCGUGGCCAACAUGCAGUACGGUCUCGAUUCUGCAUGCCUUGCUAGCCUUCAAGCCAUGCCCGGGUUCCUGCGGGUCUUUGGCUACCCCGAUCCGAACCUCAGGGGCGGCUACGGCAUUGACAGAACAUUCCAGCAACUGAUUGGCUCCUUGUUGACCCUUGGCGCGUUCCUCUCGUCCAUAUUCGCAGGCGCCUUCGCUCACUUCUUUGGUCGCAAACCUGCCCUCUGGCUUGCAUGUCUCUUGACCGCCGCAGGGGCGGCCAUCCAGAUUGGCACCACCAACUGGGGCGUUGUCUACCUCGGCCGCCUGAUACUCGGGAUUGGCAAUGGAUUCCUAGUCACAUUUUCGAAUAUCUAUUGCGCCGAGGCCGCGCCAGCGCACCUCCGUGCUAUGCUGGUGGCGUUAUUUUCCGAAUGGGUCACCAUCGGUAGCAUUGUCGGUGCGGCGGUGACAAACGUGACCUCCAAGUCGCUUGACAAGUCGUCGUAUCAGAUUCCGCUGGGGAUUCAGUUCAUCGUACCGGCAAUUCUUGCCGUGGGGCUGGUAUUUGUGCCAGAGUCACCAAGGUACUUGGUGAAUAAGGGCCAGCUGAGCCAGGGGAGAGCCGCGCUUGAGGAGUUGAGGGGCGACUCGCUCAAUGACGAUAACUUGGAGUUGGAAUGGGUGGAGAUGGUCAAGGGGAUUGAAGAGGAGAAAAGACUAGCCAGCUCGGUUGGGCCCCUAGAAAUGUUUAGAGGGACCAACCUACGUCGGACAUUGCUUUGCUUUGGGGUCAUUGCCACUCAAACCGGAAGCGGCUCCUGGUUCCUCAUCAGUUACACUACGUACUUCUUGGUCGUGUCUGGCCUCGGCGUCGACGAAGCCUUCAAGUAUUCGGUUAUGAAGUCUUGUCUGGGUUUCAUCGGAGUGAACCUCGGCAUCUACUUGAUGCGCCACGUCGUCGGCCGGCGUAGCAUCAUGAUGAUCGGCUCACUAAUCCAGGGUUUGUGUAUGCUCAUUGUCGCGAUUACCGCCACAACAUCGGCGGGCACCCUCGUUGCACGGAACUGCCUUAUCGCCUUCACGUCUUUGUACAUGUUUGCUUACAAUGCUUUUGUUGGAGCGGCCAGUUAUCCAGUGGCAACGGAGCUGGUGAGCACGAGACUGAGGUCCUGGACAGUAGGCUCCGCCAUUAGCCUAGGAUACUUUCUCGCCUGGUUGACUGGGUUCUGCUCGCCGUACUUUAUUAACCCCGAAAACAUGAAUUGGGGGGCAAAGUACGGCUUCAUCUGGGCCGGGUCGAAUUUCGCCUGCGGCAUCUUCUUCUUCCUAUGUUUGCCCGAGCUCAAGGGACGAACUCUUGAGGAGAUUGACGAGUUGUUCGAGAGACGGAUUUCAGCAUGGCAUUUCAAGACGACAAAGACCAACAUCACGGAAGCAGUGUUGAAAGAAGUGCGAAACUGGGAAGGGGGCAUGGCGGCAGUGACCAAAGGGACCUUGGCCUAGUCGGACCUCACUCCAUAAGUCGAACGGGCUCGAUUAGCCCACCGUUUGCCAACUUGGGAAUUCGGGGGCUAGGUGGAAAGACAUCGUGCGUAAGAGUAGGUAGUAAAUUGAAUAAAUACAGCUUCU